UCGCGGCGCCGUCGUCAUGGAAACGCGCUCGCGCGCGGAACUACAGUUCCCAGCAAGCCCUGCGUUUCCGGUUGGCAAGAUGGUGGCGCGUAGGAGAAAGCGUGUGGCUGGGGACCUUGAGGCGGGCGUUCCGAGCCCACCCGGCUACUACGCCAUUCCGAUCAAGUUCUCAGCAAAGCAGCGAGCUUCUCAUUACCUUUAUGUGAGAGAACACAGAGUUCGAGAAGGCACCCAGUCUGCAUGGCCUCAGAAGCGCACCCUUUUUGUCCUCAAUGUGCCGCCAUACUGCAACGAGGAAUGCCUGACUCGUCUGCUGUCCCCCUGUGGCACUGUCCAGUCUGUGGAGUUGCAGGAGAAGCCGGACCUUGCUGAGAGCGCAAAGGAACCCAAGUCGAAGUUUUUUCACCCUACGCCCAUUCCGGGAUUCCAGGUAGCCUACGUGGUGUUCCAGAAGCCAAGUGGAGUGUCGGCUGCCUUGACCCUGAAGGGCCCUUUGCUGGUCUCUACGGAGAGUCACCCUGUGAAGAGUGGCAUUCAUAAGUGGAUCAGUGACUAUGCAGAUUCAGUGACUGACCCUGAGGCCUUGAGAGUUGAGGUGGACACAUUCAUGGAGGCCUACGAUCAGAAGAUUGCUGCGGAGGAGGAGAAGGCCAAGGAGGAGGAGGGAGUCCCUGAUGAGGAGGGCUGGGUGAAGGUGACCCGCCGGGGUCGGCGGCCUGUGCUUCCACGAACUGAGGCAGCCAGCCUGCGGGUGCUGGAGAAGGAGAAACGGAAGCGUGCGCGCAAGGAGCUGCUCAACUUCUAUGCCUGGCAGCAUCGGGAGACCAAGAUGGAGCACCUUGCACAGCUGCGCAAGAAGUUCGAAGAGGACAAGCAGAGGAUUGAGCUGAUGCGGGCCCAGCGCAAAUUCCGACCCUACUGAGCCUGCCAGGCUGUGACUCGGAGUGCAGGGCCUGGCCAGUGAGGACACGGGGCCUGCUGGCCUGAGGUUGUGCUCUGUAAAGCAAGACAGUAGGCCAAAGGGCCACUGUGUCCUGCGGCCUGGCCCCAUCAGGUCUGCAUGGGCUGGAAGCAAAGGACAGGCUCACCCCGGGUCCCUGUGCUGAAGCAUGUUGGAGCACAGCAGGAAGAUGUGGCCCUCAGAAGUGGUUCCUGCCUGUCAGGAAAACAAGUAACUGCUUGUGUCUCCCCUUCUCAACGGAACCCCCUGCUGGCCAUGGAACAGCCUCGAAGGCAGGGAGAAAGGCGAGAACAUUUUAUUUUGUAUCCAGGCUGGCAGUGGAGAAGGCUUCAGAAGCCACCAAAUGACAGGCAAGCUUCCUUCUGCCUGUAGCAGCUCACUACAGGUCAUUAACUACAAAACGGACACCCUAAGUCUAAAUGCUGUCCCCCUGAAGUCUCAGAUGUUAAUGUCAGAAUCUUGCCCCUUCCCCCACCUCCUUCACAGGAUUCUCUCCUGUUCAUCUUGGUUUUCAGUAAGGCCUGUUGCCACCAUGCCAGCCACGUGGAGGCUGACUGGCGUGAGCGUGAGAUGUCCGUAGCCCAGGCCCAGGCUACAGCUGGGCCGGGAUCCUGCGUUUGCUCUGUAAAAAGGGGCUGACGACAUUGGCCACGAGGUGGGGAGCAUUCAUGUGGACAUAAUGGUUGCCGGGGAUUUGUACAAACUGGAACCGCUGGAGGAAGGGAGGGUCGUGAGGUGUGGCCAAAGGAAGCGGCAGUGCCCACCUGUGGCCAUUGAGCCCAGGAACUCAAUUGUGCCCUCCCUUGGCCUGCUGCUUCCCAGUGGGCCAGGCACUCCCUGGGAUUCCAGUGUUCCCAGCAUGCUGGGGCUCCUCAGACCCUAGGGACUCAGGCCACCUGGGUUGAGGACCAUCUGAGUUGUGAAGCUGUAGCACUGAGUGGGGGAGGCCUCUGUCAGGGUUGCCGGUGAUCCUGACAGACAGGUCCCCUGGAGGAGUGAGGUCAUAGCACCGGCAAGUCCCUGAGGGAAAGCCGACCAGGGAGGCCUGGCCACAGCUCUCACCUGCCACCCAUGGGAGGGCUGCCCUUUUGUGAGGGGGUACAGGUGCCCCAGACUCAGGUAUUUGUGUGGAUAAUGAUCACAAAGUGCUGGUGCUCCCAGGGGUCCCCACCCCCAGCUAGCACACCCACUACCAGGUCUAGUGGGAGGCGAGUGGGGCUGUGGCAGAUGGGCCGAGUUGUGCCUGACCCAGGGGACACAUGUGAGAACAAUAAAACUAGAAGAUUGUGCUAAUGAAAGGCCUCUUGCCUGAACUUGGACUGACCACAGUGGGGAUUGAGACCACUAGAUCCUCAGGACACGUGGGCCUAGGCAGGUGAGCAUGGCCUGGACACCAGCUCGCCGAGCCUGCACGUUGCCUUUUUUUUUUUUUUUUUAAGGUAGUAGCAUUUGAACCAGGGAUGCACUGCUUCCCAUAGUGCUCUCUGCCCUCCUGUCUCCAGGCUUCAGAGCUAUAUCCUCAGUCCUUUUUUGAGACAGUCUCGCUAAGUUGCUCAGGCUAGCUUUGAACUUGUGAUUUGCUUCAGCCUCACAAGCUGCGGGGAUUGGUGGUAUGCACCACAGUGCCCAGCUGUUACCUCUUUUAGGAUGGAUCUCAUCGUGUCCAGCAUAAACAUCAAGGUCUCCGUGUUGGCAUCAUUCUCCCGUCUCACAUCACUAUAUCCUUGUGCUGCCCUGGAAGCAAGAAGAAAUGGGUUCCCCCUUGGACCCUGCCUCCCAGCAAUGCCUUAGAAAACACCAGACAGGGUCUUGCCAAGUUGCUGCAGCUGGCCUGAAAGUUGUGAUCCUCCUGCCUUAGCCUCCUGGUCACUAGGAUUACAGGAGUAUGCCACUGUGUCCACCUGAGGUCAGGCUUUGCUUUAUUUUUUAAGAUUUGUUGAGCUACAACAUACCCACCAUACAGUCAUCCUAUUGAAAAUGUAUCACUUAAUGGCUUUAGUACAGAUUCUCCUCAGUGCAUGGUGGGGUUAUGUCCCUAUGGCUCCAUGGCAGGUGGAAAAUGCCUCAGAUUACGCCAAGCCUGCCAAACACCCAAGCACUGUAGGUGCUGCCAGUUUCCCUGUGAUCUCGGGCCUACUGGGUGCUGCCACUGCCCAGUGUCGGGAGAAUGAGGUCGCGUGUCAGGAAAAGUACAGAGUCCAAGUGCUGUUUCUACUUGUGCACCAACGGAAAGUCAAAGCCUCCAAAGAACCUCUGCACUUCAGGUUUCCCCAGGAAGACCGCACACCUUCCCACAGGUGUCUGGGGAAGCUGACUUAUGAUGGGGGUGGCUGGUGCCAACCACUGAAGGGUGGUGGGUCCGACUUACUUGACAAGCAGGACGCGGGCCUGCAGCUGCUGGAUGGAGUGUGUGAACAGCUCCCUGCUGACGAAGUCAAAGCUGUACUGCGGCUGUGGGGACAAAGCCAGGGUGAAUCCUUGUGGCAAGGAGCCCUGCAGUCCUGGUCCUGGUGAGGUCACCUCAGCACCUGCUCCAGACCAAGCCCAGCCCCACCAUGGCACCUCUGCCAGGCCUCCCGCUUUCCCACAUCUGUUCUUGUCUCCUCCCUGGCUCAUGGCUGCCGGCCAGACUGUUGCCUGAGCCCUUUUCAGCUGUGUGGCCAUUUGACAGGGUACUUCUGGACCUAGACCUUAGAACUGAGGUGUGGUCCUCACAGCCCCCUUCUUACUACACAGGCUGCCCUGUACCUUGUCUCCUGGACACCAGACAGAGCCCCGGACCUUCAUGAGACCUCUCCACGAGAAAGGAACUUGCUUGGAUCACAGUGCAGAGUGGCUUCCACCACAGCCCUGACCAUCCUGUCAUGACCACUGAGUGUGUCUAGGCUGCGCUGUCCAGUGCUGUGACUCAAUAGUCCUAGGGCUAUUGAGGUGCCCUGUCAUUGUGAAAUGCUGCUGGGUUUGGGACUCAACUGGAAAAAUAACAGUCAACUUUGAUGUCAAUCAUGUCUUGAAAUGACAGCAUCUUGGAUGAGUUAAAUAAAAAUAUUACAGUUGGUCUGGA